AUGCAAUCAUGUCACUCGGGCUCCGGAGCUUCCACCGCUUCUAGCGUCAAAUUCCCGCUCCCGAAAGACCAUUUCGGACAGGUGAACGUCUCCAUCGAACAAACUGAAGAAUACCGAUCGCUAGUGCGUCGGAGGAUCGACGGGUUACUCGCCGACGAAGAAAUAUACGCUGUGCGUAAAGCAAACCACCAACCGCGCCUGGAUCCGGCAGCGUGGAAGUUCGUCCGGUCACAAGAUGAAGUGAAAAUGUACAGACGACGAAGACGAGCGCAGAAAACCAAGGCGAAGCUCGGUAAUGUACCCGACAGCAUCAUCGCGCUGGGUAGAGUACCCGGUUCGAUUGAGGAUUUGUUGUAUGGCAACUUUAGUACGACACAAGAGGAAACACAGACGACGAUGGCCUACGAGCACGAACCGACCGACUGUGGGUUGCUACGUGUACUGGAGCUAGAUGCACCCGAGGAUCCGCUGCAUUUCCUAGGACUCAAGUGGAUACUCAAGAAGAUGCCGCUUACGACGCCCCGUGAUGCUUGUUACUUAGAGGCGAUGGGAGUGGAAAAAGACACCAACGAACAGCGCUUUGGGUACAUUGUACUGCACUCGGUAGAUAUCCUACAAUGUCCGCCAUUCGACCGCAGGAGAAACGACGUGAUACGCGGGGAGGUGCAUUUCGCUGGGUUGUUUAGAGAGACCACGCCGGGCUUCGUAGAUAUCAUGGUACGAGGCACCUUCGACCUGUUCGGAGACCUGCCAAGGCACGUCGUACCGCUCGCGUCCAUGUCAUUCAUCAGUGGCAUCCUCAAAGGCGUCGACUGCGCGGGAGCCAAGAAGUUGACACUCUUGGCUAGACAUAACGCGGUAUCCGGCUACAAUCUGGACGCAGUGUACCAGGACGAAGCCUUCGCGAAGGACGCCGUGUGCUCCGUCUGCAUAAAGCGUAGCAAGCGUCUGUUCGCGUCUACGCGUCUGCGCGCGUGCCGCGUGUGUGGCUUGGCGAUCUGUUCCAAGUGCUCGGCCAAGAACAAGCGGUUGUUUCUGGGCUCAGAGCGUCCGUGUGCGUUUGCCGUCUGCUGUCCGAACUGCGUGCUCGAAGCGCAGCAGAUGACCGGCAUGCGGCCGUGCGAAGCCGAAUACGCCGUCGUCGCGGACUUUUAUCUCCAUGGACCAGCGUUGGAGUCGUACUCCGGCGCGCUGGAUGCAGCGGUGGCUCAGCAACAAUACAUGGCCUCGCUUAGCGCGUCCGAGGUCGAUGAGAGCGACUGGUGGCGCGAUGACAAGACGGACACCGCGUCUGUGGCGGAUGCGGUUCAAGAAGCCGGUAGAGAACGCACUACCGACGCCACGCUAGACGAGAGUUGGGUCGGGCGUGACUUCAUGGACCGCUACGCCUCUACUUUGAGCGACAUCAACGGGUUCAGCUCCAGUGCCGAAGAGGAGGACGACUACGCCCUCGACGUUGAAACAGUCGAGCACUGGCGCGAAUCGCCGUACGAAGAGGAGAUCGAAGUGACGGGCAAAUCCGCGUCAGACGCCCUCGCUGUGCUGCUGAAGCGAGCCGUGUCUAUCGGCAGCCAAGUACAGCAAAACGAUUCGGUCAUGCGCGAAAUGCAUCGAGUACAGUCUCGCCAGUUAGGGAUAUAA